AUGAAGUAUGGGGAAUCAGGAGCUCCCAGCCACGUCCAGCGUGCCAUUGACCAUCUGGGGUGUGUGAGCAUAUGUGUGGUGUGUGGGAGACGAAAUGCGGAGAAGAGGAAAGUCAACUCAGGAUGGGAGGGAUGGGCAGCCGUGAGUGGCUGGCGAGAUUGGAUGAUUGGCGAUGUUACCAGGCGAGCAGCGUGGGAAACUCAGACGAGAAAGCUGGGCGAGAUCCCAAAUGCCACACGGGUGGCAGGUAGAGGUGUCGUUGCGUUGCAUGUCUCAUGCUGUGCUCGUGCCGGUGGUGUGCUCAACACCUAA